ACCUAUGAUAUUUUGCUUGUUGAAGAUUAUAUAUCAAAUCUAUUUAAAGAGGAGCACUGUCGGUGAGUCCAGACUGUAAGCAAAAGCAACAUUUAUGGAGUUUCAGACUGUAAUAUUUAUUCUACGCUAUAGAAUACAUUUACAGGACUAAUGCCUUUAAAAGGUACUUAAAAUAGUUGAAUCAAACAGUGGAUCAUUUCGGUGAGCGACAAAUAAAAAUGGAAGGAGACGGAGAUGGAGUUUUCGCAGAUUGCUCCUUUGCAGAUUUGGGCCUCAACCCUAUUCUUUCUGAACAACUAGAAGGUAGAAUGGGCUUCAAAGUACCAACUCUCAUCCAGAAGCAGAGCAUUCCAAUCAUCCUUUCAGGAUGUGACGUACUUGUGAAUGCAGGAACUGGUACUGGCAAGACAAUUGUAUAUCUUGCACCUAUUAUUCACCACAUGCAAGCAUAUGUUCCUCGUAUCAAUCGCUCAGAUGGAACUUUUGCGUUGGUGCUUGUGCCAACACGGGAAUUGUGUAUGCAGGUUUAUGAAGUAUUGCAGAAAUUGUUGCACCGUUUCCAUUGGAUUGUUCCAGGAUAUAUAAUGGGUGGCGAGAACAGGUCAAAGGAGAAAGCAAGGUUGCGUAAAGGAAUAACUGUUCUAGUUGCUACUCCUGGACGGCUUUUGGAUCACUUAAAGCAUACUUCAUCUUUUGUUCAUAAUCGCCUUCGCUGGUUAGUCUGUGAUGAAGCAGACAGACUUCUGGACCUAGGAUUUGGUAAAGACAUAGCAGAGAUAUUGACCCUGUUGGAACCAGGGCAACUUGGAUAUGGGAAUGAGAAGACAGAUAACUAUGAUCCUUCUAAUGAUUUGUAUCGGCGUCAGAACUUGCUAUUGUCUGCAACUUUGAAUGACCAAGUUAAUAAUCUUGCAAAAAUUAGCUUAAAUGAUCCAGUUAACAUUGGGUUGGAAGAGAGUAGGUCUUUCCAUGGCGAGGUUGAAGCUUCCUCUGGUAGUACCACAGAUGUAGAAACAAAUAAAGGUGCUCACUUUGAUUCUAGUAAUUCAACAACGGAAUAUAAAUUUCCAGCUCAGUUAGUUCAAAGCUACAUGAAAGUACCUUGCGGUAUGAGGUUGGUAGUGUUGUUGGCUCUUUUACAAUCUCAAUACACAGCAGAACCUUCUUGCAAGGUGGUAGUGUUCUUCUCCACAUGUGAUGCGGUGGAUUUUCAUUAUGCUUUGAUAAGUGAAUUUCACUGGGUGUCAAAUUUUGGAGAGGGCUUGGAUGAAAAAGAGGGAAGUUUCAUAGGCUGCAAAACUUUUCGUCUACAUGGCAAUAUGGCACAAGAAGAUCGGAAACAAACUUUUCAUCAUUACAAUGUAGAAAAAUCUGCUAUUCUCUUAUGCACUGACGUGGCAGCAAGAGGCUUGGAUUUUCCAAAAGUGAGAUGCAUUAUACAGUAUGACUCUCCUGGUGAUGCCAGUGAAUAUGUGCACAGGGUUGGCAGAACAGCUCGUCUGGGCCAAAAGGGGGAAGCUAUAUUAUUUUUGCAGCCUAUUGAGUUGGAUUAUUUGAAAGAAUUACAGAAACAUGGUGUUCCUUUGAAUGAGCUUUCGGUUAAAAAGAUUCUAGAUCACAUUCAGGUGAAUGGAAUAGUGAAAAAUCAUAAACAGGGAAAAUGGACUACACUUGAGAUGCAUCCUAGGGCAUUGUCUAUGCAGAAGGCCCUGGAAUCAUUCAUUAUGGCAGAGGUAAGCAUGAAACAGCUUGCAAAAGAUGCUUUCUGUUCUUUUGUACGUGCAUAUGCUGCUCAUCGAGGCGAUCUCAAAAGGAUAUUUCAGGUGAAGAAACUUCAUCUGGGCCAUGUUGCAAAGAGCUUUGGCCUUAAAGAGCAGCCAUCCUUGGUUGGAAGAUCAUUUAACAAGCAAAAUAAGAAGAGGGAGAGGAGUCAAAUGCAUAACAAAUGGUCAAAAAAGAAGAGGCGUGUUACAUGAGUUGGGUCUCUUAAUUUAUUACAGUUCAUUGUAUAAGAAAUGAAUUUUCAUUAGAGAAAGAGUGUAUUAUCAAAUCCAAUAGCACAUACUUUGAAAUUCAUUAAAAUGACGUUCCAGAAAUAAGAAAGCAUGUGUUCCCAAUUUGGACGAAAAUUAGCAUUUAAAAUGGCAUUCAUAUACAAUGUUUUCUUGUCAAAACCAUAUAGGCAGAGUACUUAAUUUUGGAUUAUAUUUCACUCAAAUGAUUAGUUAACCUCAUCCUUUUACUUGAAGUACGCUCCUA